UGCUUUUAGGAUAGACUGAAGAUGUACAGUCUAGUUGGUAUAAUUGCCUUAACAGGAACUAUUUCCCUUGUUGUUGGACAAAAUGCACCUGUGUUUGAUGCCAACAAUGAUGGUGACUUAAGGAGUCGUCUAAGUCAGGGGAUCAUUGAGGGAACUACAGUUGGGACAUACAUAGGUCAACUGAAGGCUUUUGUUCCAGGCAGUCCUAAUACAGUAGUUCAGUUUAGGGGUAUCAGUACAACUCUAGCAGUCACUUCAGACGGUACUGUCACCCUUAGUAGAGAACUGGACAGAGAGGAAACCUCUCAGGGAGGUAAUGAUUUACAAGCAAAAUGGUUGGCAUAUUAUACAAACAAUAAUGAAAUCAUAGAAACCCAAUCCACAGUAACAGUGACAGUAAUAGAUACAAAUGACAACAAUCCAGAAUUCCAGAAUGUACCUUAUUCAGCACAAAUUCCUGAGGAUACAGCUGUUGGAAACACAGUGUUUAGUGGAAUACGGAUAUUAGAUAGUGAUAUUGGUAUCCAUGCUGAAGUGGAAUUAACAUGUUUUGUUGAUCCUACAGAUAGUCAGACUGUGGAAGCUUGUGGGUACUUUAACUUGACAACCCAGCAGCUUGGACAAGGUUUAUACAGUGGAGCAGUCAUUUUAAAGAAACCCUUGGAUUAUGAAUUCAGGAAGGGGUUUACCAUGACUAUACAAGCUAAGGACAAUUAUAAGCAGCUAGGUGGAGCUCCAUCUUUGAUGACAACUGUCAAUGUUUUGUUAGAGAUAGAAGAUCAACAGGACACGCCCCCUCUCUUCAUGGAAACACCCAUAACAAUAUUUGUUAUAGAAAAUCUACCAGUUGGAACCCCUGUUGCAACUGUGACUGCAAAAGAUGGAGAUGAAGGAUCUCCUAGACCAGUCAAAAUAAUCAACAAAGAUCCAAAUCAGUUGUUUAGAGUGGGUGAUGCUGUCAAAAAAGCUGAAAACACCUGGGUGUCUCAAGUGCUAAUUAACAACCCCAUAGACAGAGAAGUUCUACAAGCUCGAUAUCAGUUUGAUAUUCAGGCAAUAGAAGUUGAAUUCAAUGGUACAGAAACCAAUCAGCGAACAGAUACCACCAUCACUGUCAAUAUACAAGAUAUGGACGACAACCAACCAGAAUUUGAAUUCCCCAGUUAUACAGUCAAUGUCACUGAAAUGGGUUCACAGACAUCAGGACCCUCAACGCUUCCUGGAUUGACAAUGAAAGUUACUGACCCUGAUGAUGCCAGUUUUGCUGGGUUUAAUAUCACAAUUACAAAGGCUGUUCCGUUCGAGAACAACUUUUUGGUAUCACCUGACAAUGGCGUAGGGUCAGCCUUGAUAAGUUUGACAAUAGUAAAUCCUUCUUUACUGGAUUAUGAAGUAGCAGACAACCGUAUACAGACAGUUACAGUAGUUGCCACUGAUAAAAACAAUGCCAAUAGAACUAGUGUAACCGUGGUAACCAUUAAUAUACUUGAUGCCAAUGAUAACUAUCCUGAAUUCUCACAAGCUGGUUACUUUUUCUCUGCCAGAGAAGAUCUAGCCGUUGGUCAGCCUAUUGGUAGCGUAACAGGAACAGAUCGAGACAGUGGUUUGAAUGCAGCAUUGGGAUACAGAUUAUCUGGAACUGGAGCUGAUGUCUUCAAUGUGAAUGCUGAUACUGGAAGCAUUACUUUAGCCAAACCACUAGAUUUUGAAGUGACCCCUCGAUAUGAACUUCUAUAUAUAGCAGUAGAUCAAGGCUCUUCACCACGACAGACAAGUGUACCAUUAUCUAUACAGAUCAUUAACUAUAAUGACUUUGGUCCUGUGUUUAAUCCACCCACAUACACAACAUCUAUCAGAGAAACAGACCUGUCACUUCUAAUACCGGUCACUGUCCAGGCCACAGACAAAGAAUCUUUAAACAAUAUUACAUACAGAAUCGUAGCUGGGAAUACACCACCACCAGCAGCCUUUAUACUAGGACUGAACACUGGGGUUUUAUCUGUCACCAGAACUAUCAACUAUAAUGAAACUCCUAACAAUCAAGGAUUCUUUGUACUAACAGUUGAGGCCACGGAUGCUGAUCAACCACCACAGAGAACUAAUACAACAAUUACAGUAUCAAUUAUUGAUGAAAAUAACCAUGAUCCAAUAUUUGCACCAACAGUCUACAGUGGCUCUAUAAGUGAAAUAGCUCCCAGAGACACGCCCAUCACGACUGUGUCAGCCACUGAUGCUGAUUUUGGAUCUAAUGGUAACAUUAAGUAUUACAUCUGGAGUGGAGGCCAGGAUAACUUCGCUAUCAAUGCAGAUAAUGGCGCCAUCACUGUCAGCACAAGGAAAAAUCUGGAUUACGAUAAUAUUAAAUUAUACAAUGUUACUAUCCAUGCCAGAGAUGAAGGGGGUCCACCAAGGACAGGGACAGCUUCAGUGCUGGUCACUAUAACAGAUGCUAACAACAAAUUACCAGUAUUUCCAAAACAGGUCUACACUACUAACAUUCAGGAAAGUGUUGAUAUUGGAGCUAUAGUUGACACAGUGACCGCCACAGAUCCUGAUUCUACCAGUAGUCUUGUGUACUCUAUCCUUAGAAGUUCUAUAGUAGCCAGAGAUAGUAAUGGUGCUGUCAUUAAUUCUGUCUUCCCAUUUGACUAUAGAGAUGCUUUUACCAUAAACAAUGUGACUGGAUUGAUCACUACUGCCUUGAAGUUAAGUCGGGAUGCAGCAGCUACUAUUGACUUCAAUGUCCAGGCUCAGGAUAUAAAUGCACAGGAGCCUUCACCUCAAACAGCCACAGCUGAUGUUUUGAUCACAAUACUUGCUGACGCUUCGGUUGAUCCUUACUUUGCUCCACCGUGGACAGUACCUAAUCCCAACUACAACUUUAGGAUAUCAGAGGAAACAAAUGUACAGACAAUGUUGACAACAUUGAUUGCUACAGAUCCUGCCAUUUCUGAAAAUAUUCAGAACUUUGAAGAAGUACCAGGAUCAGAUAUUGGAGAUUAUUUCAGUGUUGAUAAAACUACAGGUCAGAUACGAAUAAAGAAAAGAUUAGAUUAUGAAAGCUUGAAUAACAAGUUUCUAGAAUUAGGAGUGAUUGCCAUUGGCACCCAAGCUCAAACUACAGCCUCAGUAACAAUACAAGUCACAGAUAUCAAUGAUAAUGCUCCACAGUUUCUGGCUAGUGAAUAUUCUUUCUCUGUGGAUGAGGAUAGAGUAUACCCCACCCAGGUCGGUAAUAUCUAUGCCUCAGACUUGGACAGUGGAAGUUAUGCCAGCGUCCAGUACUCACUUACAGGUCAGGGAGCUGGAGAUUUCUUAAUGUUUACCAGUAGUAAACAGGAGGGCUUAGUGUUCAUCAGACAAGGUACUAAACUGGACCAUGAAACAAUCCCAGUGUAUAAUCUACAAGUGGUGGCUACUGAUAAUUACCAGGCUGACUCUACAGCAGAGGUUAAACAGACCAACACAGCUGAGUUGACAAUAACUGUUCGAGAUGUAAAUGACAACACUCCAGUUUUCAAUGGUAACUACUCGUUCUUCACCGUGGAGAGUUACGAGGUUGGACGAGUGAUUGGUAUGGUGACAGCUACUGAUGGAGACCGUGGACUCUUUGGAGAAAUUCUAUACACUUUAGAAGCAAUGGAUGAACUUGAUGAUUUGCAGAGAUUUAGUGUACAUCCUGACAAUGGAGCCUUCAGCAGUAAAGCAUCUUUAGAAGGUUUGUCCAGGAGAAGUCCAAUACAUUUUAAGAUAAUAGCUCGUGAUCAGGGUUCACCUCCUAGAAUUGGGGUUACCUAUGUUGAAGUAAACAUCACCAGUGGACAGUUAGAUGAUGGACUACCCUAUUGGACUCGUCCAGCACCGGACACAAUACUACAAAUACUGGAGGGACAAGACAAAGGAAAAGUUAUCUACACAUGUAAAGCUACUGCGGUCACUACAGGAGCAUCAAUUGAUUACAGUUUUGUGUCCAGUUCUGACCCAGACAUUGCAGCAUUGUUCUCCAUUAACAGACAAAAUUGUGAAAUCAAACUUGAAAAGAAGCCUGACAGAGAAUUCAGAGAGAUUUAUGAUUUGAUUAUAGUGGCUGAAGAUACUCUGAAUUCUACAUUGAGGAGUUCACGUAAACUGACCAUUAGACUAACAGAUGUGGAUGAUGAGAGUCCAUCCUUUAAAAACUGUCCUGAUAGACAGUAUGCAGAUCCCCCACCAGAACCUGCCACAGUUGUAGAGCAGUCACCACCAGGGACAUUGGUGUUUACAGCCAAGGCCUGUGACAAGGACAGUAACCCACUAUUCAGUGACUUCAGAUACAAGUUUGAUGUAAAUCCACCUAACUUCACCUACUGUUAUCGAAAUCCAUCUUUGUAUUUCCAUGUUGAUGAGUUAUCUGGUCAGGUGACCACAUACAACAACACAAUUGACAGAGAGAGGAAUUGGCCAACCAUUAUUGACCAUUUCAUACUCUGUAUCAAAGCUGAGCCGUAUUACAGUGGUGGUCGUAGGAAGAGACAGAUAGAGAAUGUUAACUGGAACUAUGUCAAUACAGACCAGUAUCUUUAUUUGAGGGUCACAGUACUGGAUAUCAAUGACCAAGCUCCUUAUUUUAUCAAUACAGAUACCAUAACAACAGGUAGGUCAUGUGACAGCCAUAGAGGUUAUUUGAGGGUCACAGUACUGGAUAUCAAUGACCAAGCUCCUUAUUUUAUCAAUACAGAUACCAUAACAACAGGUAGGUCAUGUGACAGCCAUAGAGGUUAUUUGAGGGUCACAGUACUGGAUAUCAAUGACCAAGCUCCUUAUUUUACCAAUACAGAUACCAUAACAACAGGUAGGUCAUGUGACAGCCAUAGAGGUUAUUUGAGGGUCACAGUACUGGAUAUCAAUGAUCAGGCUCCUUAUUUUAUCAAUACAGAUACCAUAACAACAGCUGUUUUGAAGUUUCCUACUCAAGAUGAUGUUAUAUAUUUAGAAGCUAAAGACCGUGAUUCUGAUCUGUACAACAAAAUACGUUUCACUGUCACUUCUACAAUAUUUCCAAGCUUGGGACGAAUGUUACCAAUAGAUGGAGCUUUCAGUGUGAAUCCAGAGACAGGCAUGAUCAGAGUUGGAAUGCCAGCUUAUAUUGCCUUCACUGAUGGUCAUUUCUUGUUGAAUGUCAAAGCAGAGGAUCAGUUAGAUUCUACAAAAAUGAAUUCUACUCAAAUUAAGAUAUUUGUUGCUAAUGAAGCCAGCCAAGUAAGAUUGGUAGGAAGAACCAAUGAUCUGUCAGACCCUAGUGCUACUGCUAACGAUCUCCUCGAAAAAUUAAGUGCCAGAGGUGGAAAUUCAUUUCAUAUUCAGAGAACUAAGAUCCAGUAUCAUACCACACUGUCUGGUGAGACAGUUCAUGCACAGACAGAUAUAUGUUUUGUGGUGAUUAAGAAUGACAGAGUAUUAGACUCACAACAAGGAACAGCGGAAAUAUCAUCAUCACCAUAUUCAGAUAUCUUAUCUCAGUUUAAAGUGGGGGAUGCAGGGCCGUGUGACCCUCCCACCAGAAAGUCUACCUAUGAUGCUUAUUGGUGGAUAUUGGUUGCCUUUGCUAUUUGUAUGUUUAUAAUUGUCCUGGUUCUAAUUGUGUUAGUGGUGAUUUUCUAUAGAAACUACAGACAGUAUAUGGAUACAAGAAAACAAUAUUUAAUACAAGAUUGAUACUAGAGAGAAGAUUGUCUCAGGAAACCUUGUCUAUUUCAUUGUGUAAUUGAGUGCUACUUAUAUUUGUGAUACAGAACUCAGUAUAAACAACAAGGAUUACUUCUAUUAAAUCAGUGCCAUUAACACAACAGAAAGUAGAAAGUAGAAAAUAUUCAAAACAGCAUUAACAUAUGAUCAAAGACACUGAAGAAUCAGGAAUCUGGUAAAAAUCAACUCAUGCAAUAUAAACAGUGUGUGAUAAAUGCUUUGUAUAAUGAGGUCCACCCCAUUUUAGUUGGAUUUUUACAUAUUUUCAAUAAACUAUUAAGUUAUAAUGAUGACAUUGUAUUACAUAACAGGUGUCCUGUUCACUUUAAGGACAUUAUGCAAGCAACAAUCAAUCAAUCAAAUAAUCUUAAUAUGUUAUGCUUAGCUACUAAAGACAUUUGGUUUAUUAAUCUGAAUGAUAUAAAUCUUGCCAAGUAACCUUAUACCAUUCAGAAUUAAGAAUGAAGAACAAACACAUCCAUGGAAAGUAAUUAUUUUCAGUUAAUUACAAUGUUUGUCCUUAUUUAUAGAUCUUGUUUGUGUGAGAGUGUAAUUUCUAUAAGAUUUACUAGUAAUCCUUUUAUUUUUAUGUUUUCACAUUGGAUAUAUUACUGUGAUAAAUUAUGUAUCUGUUGAAUGAAACAUUAAAAUUGUUACAAAUGUUUUUUUCGGU